AUGCCAGCCCACAGUGGUCCGAAUGGAUCGCUGGAAGAUAACGGUGACUACCUCCCUCUGGAAGUCGUUGGCGAUGAAAACUCGGUGUUGGACGAGAGCCACGUGUGUGAGGAUGUGAUCGCUGCCAUCACAAACAAGCAUGUGCAGUGUUUGGCGAGGUGCGUGAAUCACUAAACCCUUCCCGCCCAUUUCCCGUUUCAGAUUCUCGAACAAUGAACUGUUGGCGAAGGAUACAAUCGGCCAGAAUGCUCUGCACAUGGCCGCUCGUGUUGGCGAUUUGAACAUUUUGAAGUGAGUGCGAAGCAGGCGGCAAUCAAGUGGCUCUCGGCGGAUCAGCGAAAUUGAUACGCGAGAAUGAAGAGCAAAUAGAGCGCGAGAAAUCAGGUCACCGGAAAAAGAGAAGACUUUCAGGUACUUACUGGACAGACUGCCCGAGCUCAGGGACAUCCAGUCGACAAAUGGAGAGACUGCCGCACACAUUUCGGCCGCUCAUGGAGGUAUCCAUCCAAAACAUACCGGAGAGAUGAAAAUCCGUUUUUACAGACAUGCGUGCUCUGGAAAUGCUGCUCGGCGGCUCUCUCAAAUCCACCCUGAACUGUGCAAUGACGCGAGACAUAAACGGCACUUCCAUCCUCAUGGCAGCUGUGGCGCGUGGCGACACGGAUAUGUCCAUCUGGCUCCUGAGAAAGUUCGGAAAGGGACUGGCUCUUCUCGAGAACAGCUGCAAGAUGCUACCAGUGCACGUGGCAGCUGCGCACGGAAACAUGGAAUUCCUUCGAGCCGCGAUAAAGUUCGACAACCAAAUGGUGAAUGCGCGCGACGAGUUCGGCUGCACUCCGUGCGUUUACGCAGUUCAGGGAGGCUGUCUCGGCACCGUCCGUUUUCUGGUGGAAAAGGCGAGGAGCGAGAUGGGCUCCGUGAGCAACCGGGGCCAAUCUCUGCUGCACAUCGCCUGUCUCUGCGGACACGAACACAUUGUCCGGUGGAUUCUGAACCGAUCAGGCUCGGAUGCCAUUCUUUGGACUACAAAUGAUCGGGCAAAUGCCAUUCAUUGUGCAGCUUGUGAGCAUGGAAAUUUUGAGUGGGAGAUAAAAUAAUAUUUUGCAGAUGCUGGAAGUGUGCCGGUUCUUUCUCAGCUUCUGAAUGCGUUCAGCAAAAAGAAGAGGCACUACGUGAUGUCACUGAGGGAUACCAGAGGAAAUACGCCACUCCAUCUGGCGGCCAUGAACAAUCAUCUGGACUCGGCGCUCUUCAUGGUGAGCCCAUCACAACUCACGUGAUGUUUUGUGAUUUGAUUUGAUUUCAUUUGUAGCUCGAGAAUGGAGCCGAUCCCGCAUUGAUAAACGCCAACGGCCACUCGCCGCAAUCGAUUGCCGCACUCAGGCAUCACAGGGAAAUGGAGCGGCUCGUCGCCUCUUAUCAGGGCAAAAAGAAGAAGAGCAAGUCGAAGAAGAAGGCGCAGUCGAUGCACGAUCUCUCGCAGUUCGCCUCCCUUCAGAGCGGUCCGCUGAGUCCGGGCGCGGUCACCAGCUACUCCAGCAACACUAACGGCUUCGAGACGGUCGAGAGGAGAGCAUUCUCUCCGCGGGAACUCAGUUCCGGCUACUCUAGCAAUGGAGACGCCGCCGAAUCCAUGUGAGUGCUCAACUUCAAUUCAAUAAUCUCGAUUGUUUUUCAGAAAGAGUGAGGCGGAAAUCGUGCGCCACCGACUCCGUUUCAUAGAAGAUGACGUGGAUUCGCUGCGUGACAUUGGCGCUCAGACGGACAUGGAUCUUCUUCAAACGCACGUCAAAGUGCUCGACGACAAGACUUGGGCAGGACUCGGACUUUCUGCCGUCGAGCACAUCGAUCGGGUGCUCGACGAGCUCGAAUUCGACGAAUGA